AUGAAUGCACAACAUGAGCAUAUUCAGUCUGUGGAAGUUAGGAGAGCCUGCAAUGAAGUAUUUGAUGUCAGUACACACGAAGCAUUCUUCAUUGACGUCGGGCUUGAGCUUCUUGACAUGGAGAGCAGGAGGAUCUGGUUGUCAACAAACAUAGCAUUAAGGAGAAGUUCAGAAGUAAUCAAGUCUAGGAAUUUUCUCCAUUCUCAUAAUUGUUUGAAACAUUGUACUGGUAUUGGCGGGACAAACAGCAUGUCUAAAUGCACAAGUUCCAGUGUGAUGGAUAAGAAAACUUUACAUCAAACUGAUGAAGUCCACGAGGAAGGUUGUUUACCAAUUGAGAAUGAAGAGUCAAGAUCUUACACUUCCUUGCAUCAUAUCGUAGACAAGGAGGCGGGUUUGGCAACUUGUCGAGUAUGUCAAUGCGUUGAAUCCGAUGGAGGGUGCGAUGCUGCACUGGGAUUUUUGGGUAUUUCUCCACCAUCUUGUGAUGUAAAUAAUAGCAACCCUGAGGUCAACACUAAUGCCAAAAUCCUGUUAAAAAGUGAGGCGAAUGAUUCUGGUUACAGAAACGAUGAAAAAGGUUCUGGCUUUGUUGAAUUUAUUAGCCCAGACGGUGAAGUUUUUGUUUGUAGUACUGAUGUAGAAUUGGGUUAUGAUCACAACCAAGACAGGCUAGUUGAGCUCGGGUGUGCUUGCAAAAGUGACCUUGCUCUAGCACAUUAUGCUUGUGCGCUGAAAUGGUUUAUCAACCAUGGAUCAACCAUCUGCGAAAUUUGUGGUUCUGUGGCAAAAAACAUAAGAUCUGCAGACUUUAAAAAAGUCUUGAGUGCUUUGAAGGAGUAUGAAGUUUCAAGGGAAAGGAUUGUGAAUGGGGAGCCUAAUCCUGCACCACUGCCAACAAAUUUUGGUGUAGAUCCCAUUGCUGUUGCUGCAAUUCGAAGACAAAGACUAAGUGAAAUUUCAUCGUGGUUUAAUCCGCACAGCAACUCUUCCACUGUGUCCCAUGUGGUUAGUGAACCUCCUUCUACUAAUAUUGUCAUGGAAGAAGGUGCCUCUGCAGAAAAUACUGCAACCAAAUGGGCUGUAGAAGGCACUGGGAUCUUGCUUGCUACAGGCCUUCUGACGGUUACUCUUGCAUGGCUUAUUGCCCCCCGUGUUGGAAAGAAAACUGCCAAAAAUGGUCUUCACAUUCUUCUUGGAGGAAUAUGUGCUUUGACAGUUGUAGUUUCAUUUCGCUUUUUUGUGCUGACCAGAAUUAAGUAUGGACCUGCACGAUACUGGGCAAUUUUGUUCGUCUUCUGGUUUCUUGUGUUUGGAAUAUGGGCGUCAAGAACCCACGGUGAUCAUUCAAAAUGA